AUGUUUCUGGAUUCAAAACAGUUCACAACUUUUUGGUUUUUGCUAUUUCAAAUUUUCACAUACUGUAAAGAAAGUACUUAUGAAAAUUUAUUUCCUUUGGUUCCUAAGAACAUCAAUCAAAACACCUUUCCAGUCAAGCUAACGUCUGCAUCCAUAUCAGACGUCGUUAUUGUAAGAUGCCCAACUAUAGGAUACAAACAUAACCAUGUUAUGGAUGUUUUCCUUGUGAAUAACGUACUGAAAGAAUCAGACUUGGUAACUCAUGGCGACAGAUUUCUAUUCAAUUGGAUAAUAUGGGUAUAUAAAAAGUAUGAACCUGGCUGGAUUGAUUGUGGAAUUAUUACUACAAAAUCUAAUAUUGAAAUGCACGAUCGUUAUUUCUGGAAAUACAAACUCAAAUGGCAAUCCCAACCAAACCCAUUCAUGGUCGCAAAAUGGAAGAAUAUAUCAACUCACCUUCCGUAUCCCCAUAAUUGUAGUAAUAAUCAACAAAAAAUUUUAAUAUUUACAAAAAACAAAGAAGAUAGAAUGAUUCAACUCAAUUUAAUUGAUAAUAGAUUAAAAACUCCAGAUGCCAUUCCAUAUGUGAAUAAACUAUAUUAUUUCUUCAUCAGACCUGAUGAUAAUGAUAGAAACGAAACUAAAGAACCCUGUAUGAUUUUUAGAGCUUACAAUGAUAUACCAGAAAUAAUAAUUGAAGGAUACAACCCUAAUAUAGUAAAGUUUAACAAUUUAGAAAUUGGUAUUAUUAAACUGGAUCAUAUGAAAAAAUUUUUUAAUAUUCAGCUUGUUAUAAGAAACAAACCAGAAUUAAAAGACUUUUACAAAAACGAUGAAAUUUUUAUUAAUAAAGUUAAAUUUACAAAGGAAAAAGUUGAAGAAAUCCUAAGCUCCAGUAAAACUUUUAAAAGUUUCUCCUCAUUACAAGGAUAUCAGCUAGUCAAUUUCACCUAUAAUUGUCCGACACCUAAUAAUACAAAUAAAAUAAUAAAAACAUACUAUUUUGCACCACCAAAAGAAAAUUAUGAAUUCCCAUUAGAACAAUCAUUUUUCCCAAUAAAUAAGCCGGCCUUCAAACCAAAUUGUUCCAUCAAUCAAAUUGACUAUGGAUAUUUUUAUUCAGUUAAUUUGAAUGGAAAAACGGUUCUAAUAGAUGAGUUGAAUAUUAAUGGAGUAGAAAAACAUGGUUUAAUUCGUUCCGGAGAGUACAUCUUCACAUCAAAAAUUGAGCAAUUCAAUACAACAUUAAGAUGUACUUAUAAAACAUUAAAUGGACAAGUUAUUAUCGUUAAAUCCUUUAUCGCUAUACGCAAAAUAAUUAAUAACUUAGAUCAAAGUUGGAAAAAAAUUUUUGAUAGAAAUGAUAUUAAUAAAAAUAGAAAAAAAAUGAUUUAUAGAAAUGAUUCUGAUGAAUAUUUUAAUGAAGAAUCAAAAAAAUCAGAUAAAACAUGGUAUGAAAAACUUAAAAAAAUAAUUGAAAAUACUUGGAUAUAUACAAUUUUAGGAGGAAUUAUUUUUGUUGUACUUGCAACUAUAAUUAUUGCUACUGUACAAUGCUUUUUAAAGUUAUCGAAGGAAAAAGAAUUAGCAAAAAGGAUAAAAAAGAAAAGUAAUUUUUCUCGUAGUGAAAAUAUAUUAGAAACACAAAAAGAUAGCAAGUAA